AUGGAACACACGUGUCCAGUAGGCUCCCCGCUUCACAAUGAACAUGGUGAAACUUUAUUUUGUUAUUUUGAUGAACAAUCAGCGCCAGAAGGAUUCCCACUAUUUGAGGUCAUCGAAUGUCCGCCUGGGUAUAGCUGUCAUUUUGUUAACGACACAUUGUUCGACGUUGAUUGGUCUGUUUGCUGUCCAGAUACUAGCAGUGACUACUGUUACGCUUCCGGUGAUCCCCAUUAUCGAACGUUCGAUCAUAAAUACUACGACUUUCAAGGAGACUGUGAGUACGUCCUUACCACUGAUGGGUGCUUCGGACAGCAAGGACAGUUUUCCGUCAUAGUUAAUAACUACAAGACGUAUCCAUCAUCCACUGUUUCCAUGACCAGGAAUGCAACAGUCUAUAUAUAUGGCAUGGUUAUUGAGUUGUUGCCUGGAAAGUUGGUGAAGAUCGAUGGUUCUCUAGUCAGCCCACCGGUUAUUCCACCGCCAUCUCCAUUCGUAACUGUUAAUUUAGUUGGAUAUUACGUAGUAAUCCAUACUGGAUUUGGAUUAAAGAUAUCCUGGGAUGGAUAUUCAUAUAUACGUGUUGACUUGUCAGAUGUCCAUCAAGGCAGAGUUUGCGGACUAUGCGCUAAUUUCAACAAUAAUAUUACAGAUGAAUACAUGAUGGCGGACGAGUCGCUGACGACAAGUGUUGUUGAAUUUGGAAAUAGCUGGCAAGUGAAUUCAGAUUGUGAACCGGCUAUGGAGGCGCCAUCGCCAUGUGAACAAAAUCAGUUCGAAUCCGAAGCUGAAUCCACAUGUUUUAGAUUACUUAACAUGGGAGAAUUAGCGGAAUGUAUUAGUGUUAUUGACCCAAUGGUUCACUUUGAAAUGUGUAAAAUGGAUCUGUGCGAAUCUUUGCCUAACAACGACUUGGCAGGUGGAUGUGACGUCAUCGCUAGUUAUGUAGCGGAAUGUCAAAGUGCGGGUGUAGCUGUGGGUGACUGGCGAAGUGGCACGGAAUGUGAGCUGAAAUGUCCAACCAAUCAGACGUAUACAGCAUGUGGCUCAGCCUGUCCUCCGACGUGCGACCAACCAAAUCCAGCUACCUUUUGUGGUGAACAGUGCGUCGAAGGUUGUUUUUGUGACGAUGGUCUAGUCAUGGAUGAAGGAGGCAUAUGUAGACCCCUGUCGCAUUGCGGAUGUUACUAUGAGAGUAAUUUGUACAGGGUUGGUGAGGUAUUCAUAAACUAUAACUGCACCUCUUGCGAGUGCUUUACGGGAGGCGUUGUGGUAUGCACUGACCCUAUCUGUCAUGAACAUGCACACUGUAAUCGCUACACAGACUACUAUAUUAACUAUGACGACGAGCGGCAUUGUGAGUGUGAUCCAGGGUACUUUGGGGACGGAAUUAUAUGUGAAAGAAAUAAUGGAUAUUGUGUGAAUGGAUGUUACAGAUUUUAUGAAAUAGAUUCUGUCUUCUGUCACUGUGAUUCAGUGUGUGCUGAAUAUAACGACUGCUGUCCCGAUUACAUGACGAAUUGUGUUGAUUCCGAUUUCUGCUACGCAUCCGGAGAUCCUCAUUAUUAUACAUUCGAUGACCGGGCGUAUGAUUUUCAAGGAGAGUGUCGUUACGUGCUGGUAACAAACGACUGUUUAGGCGGAGACUACCCGUCCUAUGUCAGCAACUAUGAAGGACCCUCACAGUACUCCUAUUACGAAAGCUACAAAGAUUCUACAAAUCCCUCUGAAUUUACCGUGCUCGUGAACAAUCACAAACUAUCUCCAACAUCAACAAAAACGUGGACGAAAGAUGUAACUAUUAUGAUACAUGGUUUGGUAAUUAACCUCCUCCAAAACCUAGAGGUAGAAGUCAAUGGAUUGACUAUUACACCACCUUAUUAUAAUCUGCACUCUUUUCUGUCGAUAACGUUUGCAGGAUCGUACAUAACUGUAAUCACUGGGCAUGGUUUGAAGGUGACGUGGAAUGGAAAUAGCUAUGUUCGCGUGGAUUUAGUCAGUAGCCAUAUGAACAAAGUAUGCGGACUGUGUGCAAACUAUAAUGCAAUAAUACAUGAUGAAUACAUUGCACCCAAUGGAAUGAUGCUCGAUGGGCCGAUUCCCUUUGGAAACAGCUGGGCUGUCGAUAGUGACUGCGAUGACAUCACUGGAGACGAUCAUCCUUGUGAGGUUAAUCCAGACUUUGUGGCUCAGGCUGAACGUAUUUGCAGUGUUCUACAAGAUACUAAUGGUCCAUUGAGCGAAUGCUUACGCGCCCAAGUUGAUUCAUCCGCAUCUUAUGAGAACUGCCGCUACGAUCUCUGUGAGACUUUACCCCUAGGUGAUAACACAAGUGGAUGCGAUGACAUAGCCGCAUUUGUUGCCAUGUGCCCACUUAAUGUGACCAUUGGUGACUGGCGAGCAGGAGGACCGUGUGCUAUUGAAUGUGGGGAAAACAUGGAAUAUGAAGUUUGUGGUCCAGCUUGCCCUGCUAACUGUCUUCACCAAGGCCAAGUUUGCACACCGCAAUGCGCUGAGGGUUGUUUCUGUCAUGCCGGAUUAGUGUUAGAUGGGGAGGACUGUGUACCAAUUGAACAAUGUGGAUGUCUAUUUGAUGGAUUGUAUCAUUCGGUGGGUGACGUAUUCACUACGCACAAUUGUUCACACAUAUGUACAUGCACAGAUUAUAUGGAAGUGGACUGUGUGGAACUCACAUGUGGUUACCAUGCUCAGUGCCAAGUUGUUGAUGGUGUGCGUAAUUGUCACUGCGACGGCGGUUACACUGGUGAUGGCCAGGUCUGUGUCGAGGCAAAUUGCACCUACAAUGGAAGAACAUUUGAAGCAAAUUCGUUCGUCUUCACAGAUGACUGUGAGACAUGUCAGUGCUAUGAAGGUGAACUGAACUGUUUUGGAAAGUUCUGCGAGCGUGCAUGCCCAUCAGGAGGAAGUCCACUUCACUAUGACACACUUGUAUUAUGUGAGUGGGAAGAGAUAAACGGUAGUACGAACAUACAGCUCGUGGAUGAAUGCCCGGAUGGUUAUGGGUGUCAUUUCAUCAACGCGACAUCGGGUUAUGCUGUAUGCUGUCCUGAAGAAGUUAUAGGUCACGCCACGUGUAGCGGUGACGGUGAUGUUCAUUACACAUCAUUUGACGGAAAGUACUAUCACUUCCACGGAACAUGCCAAUAUAUUCUGGUGACCGAUACGUGUUUUGGACAUAAUGGCACAUUCCUAGUUACGGUAGAUAACAUCCCAUGGGAGCGCGACACAACGACGUCUGUGACGAAAUCUGUAACAAUAUACUAUAUGGAUUUUGAAAUAACAAUACUGCCGAUGAAGGUUGUCCAUGUUAACGGCGUCAUAGUAACGCUACCGUACUCACCAAUUCCAGGAAUCGCAAUUUAUUUCUCUGGGACAUUUGUGGUCGUUCAGUUGGAUAAUGGAAUAACAAUACGAUUCAAUGGAGUCUACCUCGUGGAGGUCGAUGCGGAUAGCAGUUGGAUGAGUUCCACGUGUGGAUUAUGUGGCAACUAUGAUCUAGAUAUGACGGAUGACUUCACUAAACCUGAUGGCGUGCUGACUGUGACACUUGGACGCAACCACGAUGUAUAUGUCCAUGACAAUGGUUUAUUAUCGGUAAACGUACCAUACUUGGCACUACCAGGAAUCACAAUAACAUAUGAUGGCACCAAUGUGGUUAUUACUACGAUACUGGGAGUGACUGUUCGAUUCGAUGGUAUGUAUCGAUGGGAAAUCGACUUGAGUACAUCGUGGGCGGAUGAUACAUGUGGGCUGUGUGGGAACUUCAAUGGAGACCUUUCCGAUGAUACAACAACUAAGUGGGACGGUACUCCGGCGUUGAACAUAGAUGAUUUCGGAGACAGUUACGCUAUCAGUACCGAUUGCCAACUGACAGAUGGAGGUGAUCCCACAUUGGACUGUCAAGACCUAACACUUGCAGAAGGUCUUUGUGGCAUUAUAUGGUCCGCAUUAUUUGAACAAUGUCAUGACGUCAUAGACCCAAAAAUAUAUUUCGAAGCCUGUGUUUUUGACGUAUGCGGAAGUCAACCUGAUACUUCUAUCGUGUGCCAAGAUGUGGCAGCAUAUGCUAUGUCUUGCUCAGGCGUCGGAAUCAGCAUCAACUGGAGAACUGACGCAUUCUGCCCUUUGGAGUGCCCUGCGGGUAUGACGUAUAGCACCUGUGGUUGUGACAAGACAUGCGCAGAUCCAUUCACUGAGUGCGACGCGCCACAUUGUGUCGAAGGGUGUUUCUGUAUGGAUGGAUUGCUAAGAAGUGGUCAUGAGUGUGUUCCAUUAGAAAGAUGUGGCUGCUGGUACAAAAGUCAAUAUUUUAAGCCAGGAGAAGUGUAUGUAGAUGGGAAUUGUGAUGAAUACUGUGUGUGCCAGACUAAUCAUUUGAUGCUCUGUGAAACAUUGAAUUGUGAUGCCAAUGCACACUGUGGAGUGGUAGAAGGACAACAUCACUGCAUCUGUAAUGACGGCUUUAAAGGAGACGGAACCACGUGCAUUCAUAGAAGUCACGCCAGAUGUAGUGGUGACGGUGAUGUUCAUUACACAUCAUUUGACGGAAAGUACUAUCACUUCCACGGAACAUGCCAAUAUAUUCUAGUGACCGACACGUGUUUUGGACAUAAUGGCACAUUCCUAGUUACGGUAGAUAACAUCCCAUGGAAGCACGACACGUCUGUGACAAAAUCUGUAACAAUAUACUAUAUGGGUUUUGAAAUCACAAUAUUGCCGAUGAACGUUGUCCAUGUUAACGGUGUCACAGUGACUCUACCGUACUCACCAAUUCCAGGAAUCACAAUUUAUUUUUCUGGCAUAUUCGUGGUCGUUCGGUUGGACAAUGGAAUAACAAUACGAUUUAAUGGAGUCUACCUCGUGGAGGUCGAUGCGGAUAGCAUUUGGAUGAGUUCCACGUGUGGAUUAUGUGGCAACUAUGAUCUAGAUAUGACGGAUGACUUCACUAAACCUGAUGGCGUGCUGGUAACUGGUACUAAUGAGUUUGGCAACUCGUGGGUGAUUGGCAAUAUGACAGAAUGUGAACCUGUGACGGAUACCGUAGAUCCGUGUGAAGAGCAUCCUAAUAUUUAUCAUACUGUGACCCUUGAACGCAACCACGAUGUAUAUGUUCAUGACAAUGGUUUAUUAUCGGUAAACGUACCGUACUUGGCACUACCAGGAAUAACAGUAACAUUUGAUGGCACCAAUGUAGUUAUUAAUACGAUACUUGGAGUGACUGUUCGAUUCGACGGUGAGUAUCGAUGGGAAAUCGACUUGAGUACGUCAUGGGCGAAUGAUACAUGUGGGCUGUGUGGAAACUUCAAUGGAGACCUUUCCGAUGAUACAACAACCAAGUGGGACGGUACUCCGGCGUUGAACAUAGAUGAUUUCGGAGACAGUUACGCUAUCGGUACCGAUUGCCAACUGACAAUUGGAGUUGAUCCCACAUUGGAUUGUCCAGACCCAACACUUGCAGGAGAUCUAUGUGGUGUUAUAUCGUUGGGAUUAUUAUUUGAAAAAUGUCAUGACGUCAUAGACCCAAAAAUAUAUUUCGAAGCUUGUGUCUUUGAUGUAUGUGGAAGUCUACCUGAUACUUCUAUCGUGUGUCAAGAUGUGGCAGCUUAUGCUAUGGCUUGCUCAAACGUCGGAAUCAACAUCAACUGGAGGACUGACACAUUGUGUCCUUUGAAGUGCCCUGCGGGUAUGACGUAUAGCACCUGUAGUUGUGACAAGACAUGCGCAGAUCCAUUCACUGAGUGCGACGCGCCACAUUGUGUCGAAGGGUGUUUCUGUAUGGAUGGAUUGCUAAGAAGUGGUCAUGAGUGUGUUCCAUUAGAAAGAUGUGGCUGCUGGUACAAAAAUCAAUAUUUUAAGCCAGGGGAAGUGUAUGUAGAUGGGAAUUGUGAUGAAUACUGUGUGUGCCAGACUAAUCAUUUGAUGCACUGUGAAACAUUGAAUUGUGAUGUCAAUGCACACUGUGGAGUGGUAGAAGGACAACGUCACUGCAUCUGUAAUGACGGGUUUACAGGAGACGGAAUCACGUGUCAUCAUGAAAAUUUAUUCAAUAUCACUUGCGCUAACGAGGUUAUGGGAAUUUAUUUGGAAGAACAGUGGAUUUUGACAGCCCUAAGUCUGCAAACAGCAAAUGCGAACGAUUUUCAUUUGACGGACCCUACCUGUACCGGGACGACAAGUAUCGCUAUUUCCGGAGCUGUGAGCUAUUAUUUUGAGACAGCUAUUGACGAAUGUGACACCGAAUCUACAGAAGUAGAGGUUGAUGGAAUGCAAAGAAUUCUGUACACGAAUUAUGUAUACAGUAAACGUGGUACGCUGAUGGCAAAGAUGCAAUGCUGCUUUGACACUGAAUACACAAUUGCGCCUAUUCAUAUUGUUGCCAAUCCUUGCCAAGUGGACGUCGUACUGAAAGGAUUUGGAACGUUUACCUUCGAGAAUGCUCUGUAUACAAACGAUACAUUCACAACAUUAUUUGACCCGCGUGCAUUCCCUAUUGAAAUAUGCGAUGGUGUAUUAAUUUACUUUGAGAUAAGCGUAGUAACAACUGACCCGGGGUUACAGCUUUUUGUCGAACACUGUGUUGCAACUGAAAGUAUUGAUCCAUCUGAAGGCGGCGAAUACGAUGAAGAAAUUAUUAUCAACGGCUGCCCUGACGACAAUAUACUGUUUGAGCACACAUCGCCAAACCCCAACUGGCAGAAACAGUACGAAUGGGACGCAUACAAUAUGGUGAAUGACCGUCCAGACAAUGGGGAGAAUAUCGACAUAUAUAUACACUGCUCUGUAGUUGUCUGUAAAGUAGGAGAAGUGGGCACCAGAUGUUCCGAGGGUUGUAUUGGUUCCAACAAGAGAUCUGUAUACGAUCCCGAUUCUACAUCGGAGAGUACUGUCAUCAGCCACGGACCACUGAAGAAAUCUUCAAAUUGUGAAAUCUAGCGUAGAAGACGACCCAGCUAUAUUAUAUCUAAUUGACAAAGGAAGCUAACCGGAUUGAAAUUAUUAGUUUCAUUACUUUAUCAUAAUUAUUGCAUACAUUUCUUAUCUGAUACAUAU